CAUCAACUCUCCCUUUUUCUUCGUCUUCUCUUUCAAAUCACUUUCGUUUUCGGGUUUGAAAUCGGUUCGUCCAAAGCGUUGUUCUUAGUUUCUUAGAAGUUGAAUCGAUUCGGUGACCGAGCCAAGGCCGAAAAAUUUGUGUCUGUCUGGACAACUGUUUUCGAAACGUUCUUAGAAAAUACGAAAAGUUUUGAAAAACGAGGAUGGCGAAGGAGGAAAGAGGAGAGAAAGUGAUGGUGAUCCAAGAUGGAAGCAGGAAGUUGAGUUGGAAUGGAGGGAUGGGAUCGAUUGAAUGGAUGGUGAGGAACUGUGGAUUUAGAAAGGGAGAUGAAAUAAAGCUACUCCUUGUUCUUCAUCAGGUUAAUAAUCCUAGUAUGUAUGCUUUGAUGGAAGCUUCCAUGUUGGGACACAAGCAGCGAGUGGACUCAAACUCUAUGAUAGGGCUGAACGACAACUUGAUAGCGAAGGAAAGCGCAAGGAAAUUGGAAGAAUACACUAACAAUGAACGAAUGCCUGAAAUUUUGCAACUUUGUGAACUAAAAAAGAUAAGAUUCAAGGUGGAAGUUCAUGCAGGGCCUUCCGCAAAGAAAGUAGCUCUCGAAGCUGCUACGAGUUAUAAACCAACUUGGGUCAUCCUCGACAGACGUAUGAAGAGAGACCGAAAAUUCUUUCUAAAGAAUUUGAGUGGCAAGAUAUCAAGAAUGAAAAAGGACAAGACAGUGGUAGAAUUGAGAGGAAAAUUGGGAAUGGAAUAUGGAAGAGAGGAGGAGGAGGAGAAGGAGUUGGCCAAAGCCUCCCCUUCCCAUCAAUUUAGCUAUGCUGAGAUGAUACCUGGAAGCCCUCACCAAACUCAAACCUCUCCACCCAAAAAAGAUGCAGAAGAAACAGAUUUCUUCGAGACGCAGUUGGGAUGGCGCCUUGGCAACAACAAGAAACCACCUUCACUUUGCAAAUCAUCCUCGAGCUAUAAUAUCAAAGAAUCGAAAUCUUCGAUUCUGCAAGUUCUCAGGCGGAAAGAGGCUUCUUCAGGAGGUGGAGAUUCAUCUUCUUGCCCAUUCUCCAUUUCCGAUGAUAACUUCAAAAUCUCCGCCUGUUCGAUCUGCCACAUCCGGCGGCCAUUUGUUGGAUGGAGGAGGGAUUUCACUUACGCAGAGCUUCAUGCGGCUACCAAUGGAUUUUCGGAUCGCAAUUUCCUUUCGGAAGGUGGAUUUGGUUCGGUUUAUCGCGGUGAAAUCGAUGGGAUUAGAAUCGCUGUGAAGCAACAUAAACUUGCGAGUUCUCAAGGAGAAAAGGAAUUCAGAUCUGAGGUUAGUGUUCUAAGCAAAGUAAGCCAUGAGAAUUUGGUGAUGCUUUUGGGUACGUGUAGAGAAGCAACUCGCAGGCUGCUGCUUGUCUAUGAGUAUGUCUGCCAUGGAUCCUUGGAGAAGCACUUGUCAAGUAAGGAUUUCCGCAUGGAGCUUGGGACUGCACGCAGACCUCUCAGUUGGGAAAAGAGGAUGAAGAUAGCUAGAGGAGUUGCUAGAGGCUUACAAUAUUUGCAUGAAAAUAACAUUAUCCACAGAGACAUGAGACCAAAUAAUAUCCUCAUAACUCAUGAUUAUGAGUCACGGCUAGGAGAUUUUGGUCUAGCAAGAACUCAGUAUGAAGACUCUGCAGAGACGAGGGUUGUUGGGACAUUGGGGUACUUAGCACCAGAAUAUGCAGAAUUUGGUAAAGUGUCUACCAAAACUGAUGUUUAUGCCUUUGGCGUGGUCUUAUUACAGCUUAUUACUGGCUUGAGGACCACGGACAUGAUAUUUGAAGGAAAGAGUCUUGUGGGCUGGGCAAGACCAUUGCUGAAGGAAAGAAACUACCCUGAUUUAAUAGAUCCAAGAAUAGCAGACUGCCAUGAUUUCUACCAACUCUUUUGGAUGGUUGAUGUAGUGGUAAAAUGUCUGAGGAAGGAUCCUCGCAAGAGAAUAACUAUGACCAAGGUACUAGAAUACUUCAAUUACCUAAUGGAUGGUGACCCAACGGGCAAUAGCAAAGACUUCUCUCCAGCAGAAUCGUUUACACCCACGAAUGGAUAAUCAGCACCUUCGAAUCACGGGCGACCAUUCAUCCAAUAAACGACCGCCAGGUAAACCAAAUCUUGCUGGAAACCACUGGGAAAUUCAUCUCUAAAUAGCAAAGAAAAAGAGAUAAUAGAAUAGAUAGAUAUUAUGUGUUGUUAGGAGCUAGGAUGUUUCAACCUUAUUAUACUUGAGAAGUACUUUUCGUUUUUGUUAUAUAUACUGUUUCAAUGUGGCCAUUAAAAUGGUUCCAAAUUGCUUCCUAUAUUUGUUAGUCUAUAGCUUUCAACUCAUUCUACCAUGUGAUCCAUUUCCAUGUUUGUACUCAAAGAGGAUAU